CGGGGUCCGGGGAGAGCGGAUAUAGUGAAUGCGGGGUCCGGGGAGAGCGGAUAUAGUGAAUGCGGGGUCCGGGGAGAGCGGAUAUAGUGAAUGCAGGGGUCCGGGGAGAGCGGAUAUAGUGAAUGCGGGGUCCGGGGAGAGCGGAUAUAGUGAAUGCAGGGUCCGGGGAGAGCGGAUAUAGUGAAUGCGGGGUCCAGGGAGAGCGGAUAUAGUGAAUGCAGGGUCCGGGGAGAGCGGAUAUAGUGAAUGCAGGGUCCGAGGAGACCAGAUAUAGUGAAUGCGGGGUCCGGGGAGAGCGGAUAU